UCUUCGCAGCAGCGAAAAAUAUGAAAAUACGAAAAAAAAAAUCUUUCUAAAUAAAUGGCAUAGUUUUGGCUAUCAAAAAUGUUUCGCGGCACAAUAAAAAUGAAGGUCAUGGUGUUUUUGUGGUUGUUUAGUUCGUGUACAAUGAAUAUCCAGGCUACAACCCACUGGAUGGUGACCGAGAGUGGCCUGAUACAACCACGGGAAGAUUCUCCAUUUGAAAUGACCCACCCAUAUGACUUGCUUGCAUUUCUGAACCAAGACACAAGAUGGGACAACAUCUUUAAUCUGUACGAUGAUUUGUCGAAAAGGCAAGAGUUUAUUAAUAAAUUGUGGACUGAUAUAAAACUGCAGUCUGAUGUAUCUGACAUCUCUACAUACAAUGAAAACUGUAUACAAGCAGGGCAGCUCACCUUUUUAGAUUGGUACGCUUCAUUCUUGGAGGACGGUAAAUCUAAGAAAAUAGCCGAUGAGGAGUAUAUGCUGUACAAACCAUCAAAUGGUCAUGAUACAGAAGUACCGGACUGCAAAAAGAUUUCUUCUUUGACCUUUAGCAUGCAUGCAUUUGAGCAUUUACAGGGUAUGAUACAAAGAGAAAACUUGACUGCAAAUCCAGAGUUAGCUCUCCCGGAGUUGAUAUCUCCUAUCAUGACAGUGGACCAGUUUGGGCACUGGGCAGCUGUAUGUUUAAAGAAAAACAGUUCUUCAUGGCUGCACUACAAUAUGGCCUCAUUAUAUUGGAGAGUUAGAGGCAAUGCACCAAAAGCCAUGGAGUGCAGUCGUCGCGCAGUGCAUUAUGCACCUAGGAAAUACAAAGAUGUCGCUCUUUUGAGCCUUGGUUCAAUUUUGCAUCGCAGCAAGAAGACAUCAGAUGCAAUUGUAGUACUUGGUGCAGCUGUAGACCAUGAUCCUGAAUAUCACACGAGCCACUUUAUUCUUGCCACAGCAUAUGCUGUACUAGGGGAAUAUAAUAAUUCAUUGAAGCAUUUAGAUGAAUCUUUAAAGAUCAACCCCGAUUUUGAUCUAGGCAUAAAUUACAGAUAUGGUAUGCUAUGCCAUAUUGCAUUGGGACAGAGAAUGGCACUUGUUAAAGAUUUGGUUGAUACUUUACGUGAAGAAUUGAUUGCAUUCCAAAGCAGAGAAGCUUAUUGGCUCAAAUCUCAGGCAGCAUUUUUGAGGACAAUGAAAGAUGUAAAGGAUUUUGAUUACACAAAAUUGGACGAGAAUUGUGAUAAAAUGUCUGCAUUGACCGGUCUUGACAUAAAGGAUAUAAAAAAGGAGGGUGACAAAAACUCAGUGAUCCAAUAUUUUCUGGACGGUCCAGUGUCACUCGGUGAAAAAUUAGAACGCAAAGGCGUUUAUGCUCUCGAUUCAGCGUUGAGCCUCAACAGACUUGUGAAACAUGUGGAGAAACAUGCUCACUUGGCACAAAACUAUGUGCCUCCAGAUAUUAGUAAGGAUUGGCAAAUAGAUGGCCCAAUCGCCAAGGAGAUUGGGCCCAUGCCUGUGUUUUCAGAUAUGCUGCCUGAUAUCCAAAUCCCUAUGUACGAGCCUCCAGAUGAAAAACCAAUAUACGCCACUUCUGCGCCAGAUUUAGAGACAAAGUCAGCAAGUUCGACUAAUGAACAUAUGGUUAACUAUUAUGAUGGACAUGUGUUGUACCCAACAACAAUGAAAGUGAAUCGCAAUGUAGAAGACUUUGAUAGAGAAAAAGACUGGCCUUCUAACAGAUUUUGCAAGGAAAAUGCUCCUAGUUUCCCUCCGCAUGUGGAAGCUAUUUAUCCCGUUUUCUUGCCAUUUGAAAAUAAAGGAAUUAGGUUAAAAGCACUACUGACUGAUCAGAUCGGAGUGCCAGCGAACCAGGAGCAUGAGUUACCCUGGCAUCCGCCUAUAUGUCCACAAGAUAAGGAAGCUUCGUUUUUCACACAGAGGAGAACUGUCAAGCAGCAAAUAACAAACAUGGUGGUCAACACAGAUUACUUGAGGCAAAAACUUCAACAGUACGUGAGUGAAGGUGACGUGGAAUCGGUGAAGAAAAUGCAAGACGUCGAGAUCGGCCAUCGCAUUUACACGGCUAUGCAAAUGAAUCUAGCGCCAAGAUGGCUUCUAUACACACUGACGUCACUCUACUGGCGCGUCCGAGGCAACAACGCUAACGCCCUACACUGCCUGAUGACCGCGAGUCGCAUUGUGGACUCUAAGUACAAGGACAUAGUGCUCACAUCCAUGGCCUCUGUGUAUCUGGAAAUGGGGUACUUUGAUGAAUCGCUGUUGACAGCUGAGGAGUCGUUCAGAGCGAGUUUGUAUGAGCCGGCCACAAACUUCGUCCUAGCAGAGUUGAACAUGAUCAAGAAACACCGGAACACCCAUAUGUUCCACCUGAAGCAAGUCAUACGGGUGGAGCCCAAGUUUCUGGGCGGGCUCGCGAGGAAUCUGCUCAACGCGUGGGCCUGUAUACUGAUGCAAAUCAACACUUUGCAGGAAGUCGAUUAUACAGGUGGUGAUGUUUGCACUCAAGUGGAGCCUGGCGUCAACAUGGUCUGCGAAAAAGAUGGAACCAAUUGCCAUAUGACCAAUAUACAGUGUUUUAGCAGUCAAGAGAGAGAGAGUUCCACACUAACCCGAAUGAUGGAACAGAAAGAGAAAGAAAAAGUGGAAGACAAGCGUGUGGACCCCACGAACGUGGAUCAAAUGGAUGACAGCAUGUUUGACGCGUUCAUAGAGAACAUGCCGCUCGAGCGAAGCGAUCUGUCAGCGCAUCGACAGAACUAUGACAGCAUGAUUCGCAGCGUCGAGACCGCGCUGAAAGGCUGCGGGCCUAGGAAGUGUAGCGAUAUUCAACCAGAAGAUCUGUCGCUGAAAGAUGAAGAUUGUACUUAUCAGUAUUUACAGUUGGGCUACUGGUUGCACAUCGUUAGUUUUAGAACAAUACUUGAAGAGACUAAUGUGAAAGUACCAGCUGAAAUCUUAGCGCUACCACCAUCCGAUAAAGACGGUCCAGAAUGUGUGAUCCCGCCAGAGUUCUCUGAAGACUUCUACUUAGAACGCUUGGGCAAGGUGAACACGGCGAAGUGGGAACCCAUGAUGAGUCUGAUGCACCAGUUCACUGAGGAGUUUGAUCAUGCUGAGUUCUGGGGGCUGGGGUAUAAGAUCGCGAAGUAUGUUGAAUCUAAGCCCCGCUGGUGGGUCGGUCUGCUGGCGGCGGGCUGGUGGUGCGGCGCGGGCGGGCGCGGCGCCUGCUGCGUGCGCUGCUUCGCCGCCGCGCACCUGCACGCGCCGCCGCACCAGGCCGCGCACGCGCUGCGGGGGCUCGCCAACAUACUGCACCUGUGA